GCGCAUGUGGAAAGGUCCCGGAUGUACGCGGUGGCGCUGCGGACGUAGUGGCUGUAGGAUCCGACCGCCUGCGAGCGUUCCGGAGGCCCUGAGCGCGCAGCUUCGGCUUGCGUUUGGUCGAUUUUGCAGCGUUUGCAGCUCGAAGUUUGCCCCCAUUUUGAACCGCUCUUCACCCCGUGUUACCCGUGUCUGCUGUCGUUUAUGUCCAAUGAAGUACCAUGCCGAAUCGACGUCGACAACGCCACUGCUUCGCUCCGGGGUGCCAGACAGGCUAUCAAUGGCGGAAAGGUGAGCAGCCGUCGCUGUUCUCAGUACCCAAGGAGGAAGAACAAAGAAAACUUUAGGAACGGAACUUGCAUCGCAAGGAUAAGCUCCUCGACGAAACGUGUUCGGUGUGUGAGCUUCAUUUUGAGCCAUCGUUUAUAACGCGAGACUACGUUCACGUUGUAAACGGAGAAGAGGUGCGCAUUCCGCGCGGAAAGCCGCAGCUCUUGCCUGGCGCUGUGCCGACGUUGCUGCCGAAUGCUCCGAGCUACCUGUCAAAGAAAACGUCGCAGCCGAGGCCCCCGAGAAAGCGAAAGAACGCCGAUGCUUCCUCAGUUGACGGUAAAAAAAAGCAAAACACUGCCUCUCCAACUGCCUGCAGCAGCACUGGCAGCACCACACCGGUUGCAGCCGAUACUGGGGCGUUUGAUGAAGCUGAUGAAGCCUGUAUGCCCGAAGAAUACUCCAAGCUGUGUGUCCCCUCCGAGUACUGGAGCUGUCACCGAGUUCCGAGCCUCAGUGGUCUCGUGUAUUGUAAACUUAAAAUGUGUGACAAUGAAGUUUUAUCCGAGAGAGUAGUUAUUUUUUCACGAGACAGCAGGCCUGGAGUUGUAUACACUGUUCAUCUUUGUGGCCGCAUGGCUGAAGGAGGACGCGUCGUCAGCUGCGAGGAAGCGGAGGUUCUUCUCCGAGACGUCGACUCGUAUCGUCUCUGUGGAGGUGCCGUGCCGACGAGCGACGUGCCAAGAUCCUACCUUACAAAGGGCCUUGAGGGGCAAGUGGUCACCCGUGAGGGCACAUACUUCAGGAACCGCUGCACAGGAAAAGAACCAACUGAAGGACAAGCAUGCAUCUCCUGCCGAUACCUGAGAAAGGCGCUUCUAACACGGCGGUCAAGGGUUCAGCGAUCAGUCAAGAAGCACGUCCGAAGCAUCACUCAGAAGCUCCGUGCGGCUGCGCAAAAGAACCGAAGACUGUUGUCUCGCAAUGCUAACCUCCAAGCCCAGCUCAAGCAAAUGCAAGAUGAUAAUGCCUCAAAACCUGACGAAGUACUACAGGCAGAGAUUGCAACCUUGCCUCCCAAGCAGCAAGAAUGCGUUAGGCAGUGUUUUUCAGCAGCAAAGAAGAGAAGCUCGAAGGGAAACACCUACUCAAAGGACUGGGUUCUGGAAUGUAUCAUGAUGAAAAUGAAAAGUGCCAAGCUG